CCGGUAGCAAAGACGCUAGCAUAUUAACUACAGCCGUAGUUGUAGAAGCCAAAACGGGAACGGAACCGAACAGCCGGACAAGACGCUUUGUGGACGGUCAGUCGGUCUCAUCUUUUAGAGCAGCGGCGUCGGGAGAAUCAUGUGAGAAACCCCGCGGGACAUAGCCGGUGCCAUCGAUCCAAUUUAUCCACCGAGCCCGGACUUUAACUGCCGUUUAAAGCCCCAAACCAAAUGCAAGGGUUUGACGUUUGCCUGUGUCCUGCCGACAGAAUUCAACCCACAGCGAGUCAUUGAGCUGCCAUUAGGACUGUGAGACAUCUACAUUUAAAGCUCCAUUACACCUAAGAGACGACAUGUCUUCCCGGGAGCGUCGCUCAGACGUUUACAUAAAGGCCGAACCUAGCAGUCCGGAGGGCGGUGGGGGGGGUCGGACCAGCCCCGGCGGGGCUUCCUCGGAUUCCUCUCAGAGCGGAGGCGGCGGAACCAGAGGGGACGGUGCCAAGCGUUACUCGCCGCCGCUCUACACGCCAGCUCUGCGCUGUCAUUUCAAAGACGAGGCCGGCGAAGGAGCCGAGGAGAGCUCCACUGGAAACGGAGCGGGGCGCUGCAAGUACGCCCUGAGCACGCUGCCCAAAAGGCUGUGCCUCGUGUGUGGGGAUGUGGCGUCGGGAUACCACUACGGCGUGGCGUCGUGUGAAGCCUGCAAAGCUUUCUUCAAGAGAACCAUUCAAGGUAACAUCGAGUACAGCUGUCCAGCAUCAAACGAGUGUGAAAUCACCAAAAGGCGCAGAAAGGCGUGCCAAGCAUGCCGCUUUACCAAGUGCCUCAAAGUAGGCAUGCUCAAAGAGGGAGUGCGUCUAGAUAGGGUCCGAGGUGGACGGCAGAAGUACAAGCGGCGCCCGGAAGUGGAGAACGCCACAUACCAGAGUGCCCCUCUACCGCUGACCAAGGAGAGCGAGAAAGGUGCCUCCAGUAUCAUUGUGUCCCACCUCCUGGUGGCAGAGCCCGAGAAGCUCUUCGCCAUGCCGGACCCGCUGCAGCCCGACACGGCCCAGCGCACGCUCACCACCCUGUGUGACCUCGCCGAUCGCGAGCUGGUUGUGAUCAUUGGCUGGGCCAAACACAUUCCAGGCUUCCUGUCCCUGUCUCUAGCAGAUCAGAUGUCGGUGCUGCAGUCGGUGUGGUUGGAGGUGUUGGUUCUGGGCGUGGCGUACCGCUCGCUGGGCUGCGAGGACGAGGUGGUGUUCGCCGAGGAUUUUGUCCUGGAUGAGGAUAUGUCUCGAGCGGCCGGACUCACGGAGUUGAACGCAGCGAUUAGUCAGCUGGCUCGCCGUUUCCGCACGCUAAACCUGGACCGGGAGGAGUUCGUCAUGCUGAAGGCCAUCGCACUCACAAACUCAGACUCUGUUUACAUCGAGGACAUGGAGGCGGUGCAGAAGCUGCGAGACCUCCUCCACCAGGCGCUGCUGGAGCUGGAGUGCCAGAGGCGUCCGGACGACCCCCAGCGGGCCGGACGCCUCCUCUUAACACUGCCCCUCCUCCGACAGACUGCUGGGCGCGCGCUCACCACCUUCUACAGCAUCAAGACCCGCGGUGGCAUCCCCAUGCACAAACUCUUCCUGGAGAUGCUGGAAGCCAUGAUGGACUCUCCUUAGAGCGAGGACGUGGCUGAAGGAAAGGACGCAAACGCAGCAGAGAUUUAGUCUUCAGGAGCCAUUUCUAAACAAAAGCUGCUUUUUACUUUAGAGAAUCAUCUAGGGAAAUCACUUUAUUCCUUUUUACUCGGUGUGGAGGAACGCGCUGGAACCUGUUUUUUUUAAGUGGAAACGAUGAUCUGCCAAACGUCAGAGAAACGCUCCAAGAAUCCGAGGUGAACAUGUGUAACAUAAAGGCCAGAAUUCUUAACAGCUUUAUUAUCGUCAUGGCAGCAGAACCACAGAGGAUCACCUUUUAGAGAACUUUAAGAAUAGACUGCAACACCGUAGCUUUGGAACUGUAAGAUCAUCUGCCAGUGAAAGCCAUAACCACACCUCCGGCUGACAUUUAUGAACUGUUUAGCAGGCCGCUGUCGGCAAACCAUGUGAACGACUUGCAAUAUGUUCGAAGCAAUACGACGUGAUGACUCGGUCACAUUGAAAAUGUGGAUAAAACGGUCGAUGGGUAUGUUUGUGGUAGCUGUCUUUGGUCCCCACAUGCUGAAUAUUUGUCAAAUCUGGUUUAUGAAACCUUUUGAGAUGAAAGUCUGCAAUAGAGAGAAUGAUAAAGACUGAUCAAGUGCAAAAUAAGAGCGCGUUAUAGGAUGACAGAAACUGUCAGGCUCUCCGUCAGGAACGGCUCUUUCACUGUAAAGGCUCAUGCAGCCACAGCGGCGGUCACAAAGCAACGUGCCUCAUCAGCUCUUUUCUACUCCCCUCCUCCACCGGAGCCACGGACCGACCUCUAAGUGUCCGCUGAAGGACGCCGGCUCCCGUUUCACGCCUGUCCUGAAACACGCCUGCGAGUGAUGCAUGGAGCGAUUCUGCCACGUUCUCUGCAGGAGCGGCCGAUCUGAAAUCCCUCCUCCCCCUGUGGACGCACAUCCGUGGAACUGGUAAAAGCCCCCGGACGGGCUCAGGGCUACAAGAAACGCCACUUAUGCAACUCUGCUGUUUUUGGAUGUUGAAACUCUGUGAUUAAAAUCCCGAAAGUCCUCCCGUUUGUAACUGUUUUCAAAGGUUGUGAGCUUCACGUGGACCGCGACGGAGGAUCCCAGCGGCCGACAGGGCGUUUCUCCUUCAGCCAUGUACAGUUCCAUUUAAAUAAACAUGCAAUUUAUAGUGGAAGCCGAAGAAGCCAGCAGAUGUGGUACUACUUCCUCAUGACUGUGCUAUCCGUGCAGCUUACAGUGUGCUCGUGUGUGUAAAGACAUGAAACUGGCUUCUCCAUGCAUUUCUAGGAAAUAAGGGCAUUUUAGUCGACAUGGUGACGCUUUUCCUUUCGCUUUCCGAGGCCGACUGCUGUUUUAGGGAUCAACUUUGCAUGACUUUAUAGUUGUGGCAGCACAGUGAGGCUACAAACGGCUACCUCAGGAGGAUGAGUGAGCCCGACGGACGUCCGUGAAGAUGUCGCCCUAAAAAAAAAAAAAAAACUCAAAUCUGUUGGUUCAACCUGAAGGACGACAGAUGGUUUUAGUCACUACAUUUCUUGGUUAAAAAGACCAGGGUGCUUUUAUUUUGACAUUUCAAUCUAAAUCCGAUUAUUUUGUUUCCUGUUUUUGGUACAGUGUGUUAUGGUGGAGGGUCACUGCAGCAUCAAAGCUCAAAUUAUCCUGUCCUGUGUAGGUCCUAAUACUAAUGUGCACAUAAUUAUAAAUGAGCAAUACAAUAAAUUUACCAAACCUCACACAUUUCCUUGUAUAGCCACAGUGUACAUUCAACAUUGCCAGUUAUAAUUAUAAAUAGGUACUAAAUGUUAUUUAGAACUUCAAAUCAAUGUUUGUAUUUUGAAAGAAUAUUUAAAUGAUUAAAUUCUAUUUUUUACUCAA